UACGGAGCCUCAUGGAAACCGCAUUCCUCUUCUCUGUCUCUCUUUCUACCUCUGCUUUUUCAUUCUCUUCUUCUCGAGAGAGGUCCCUUUUAAGAUCUCCCUUCAUGGUUUGUAUCCGCUUGGCGUUUCAAUUUGCUUCUUUAGGAUGGGAAGGGUGAAAUUGAAGAUAAAGAAGUUAGAGAACACAGCAGGGCGGCAAGCUACGUUUGCUAAAAGGAAAAAUGGGAUAUUGAAAAAGGCGAGCGAGCUGUCUGUUCUUUGCGACAUUGAUCUUGUUCUUCUUAUGUUCUCUCCUAGUGGUAAACCUUCCUUAUGUUGCGGUACACGAAGUGGCAUUGAAGAGGUGAUUGCUAAGUUUUCUCAAGUUACACCUGAGGAAAGAGCUAAAAGGAAGCUCGAGAGUCUUGAAGUCUUGAAGAAAACUUUCCAAAAGUUGGAUCAUCAUGUAAAUAUACGAGAGUUUAUAUCCUCGAGUAAUCCAACGACAGAGGACUUGAGUACUCAAGCAAGGAUUCUGCAAGAUCGAAUUUCUGAAAUACAUGGAAGAUUACGUUAUUGGACAGAACCUGAUAAGAUAAACAACGUUGAAGAUUUGGGACAGCUCGAGAUUUCGAUCAGGCAAUCCCUUGAUCAGUUGCGUGCGCAUAAAGAACAUUUUGGACAGCAGCAACAGGCAAUGCAAAUCGAAAACGCAAACUUUGUUAAAGAUUGGUCAACCAACUUGUUGCAAGAUGGGAUUCAGAUUCCUUUAGAACAACAACUUCAAUCUAUGCCAUGGAUUCUUAAUACCAACACAGCCAACAUUGUCACCGAGGAACACAAUUCAAUCCCACAGAGGGAAGUGGAGUGCUCUGCGAGUUCUUCAUUUGGGAGCUAUCCAGGAUACUUCGGAACAGGGAAAUCUCCAGAGAUAACGAUUUCAGGUCAAGAAACAAGCUUUCUUGAUGAGUUAGCCGCUGGAACCAACGGACAUUUGAAACCACAAACAAUCCCGCAGCAGCAGUUCACUGAUAAUAACGUUAUUCCAUACAUUCCCACUCUGCAGAAUGAUCUGAAUCAUCACCAAACGUUGCCUCUUCCUCAUCCUCCUCCAGUUUUCAACUUUCCAAUGAACCAGAGAGAGUAUCAUAUGAACGGAUUCUUCGAAGCACCACCACCUGGAUCUUCUGCUUACAAUAACAUUACCAACCAGGGAAGGUUUGGCUCUAACAGCAGCUCCUUGCCUUGUUCUAUCUCUAUGUUGGACGAAUACUUGUUUUCCCAGGUAAUACAAAAGAUACAUUCUUCUCUUCUUCAAACAUUCAUCAAAAUCAAAACUUUUGCAGUGAUUCAAGAUGGGUUUUUUCUUUUUUGACAUUCUUUUUAUAGAUGCAGCAACCGAACUGAGGGAUUUAAUGAAUGAUGAUAGAACAUCUCGUUGAAGACGUCACCAAUGUUUUUUUUAAGAUACAUCAAGAAGAAAAAGUCAUGCAGAGUUCUUAAAGUUGGUUCCAAGAAGAAGCAUAACCAGUGGUGAAUGCUGGUAGAUUGCAACAAUACGUGAUUAUUAAUUUCUAUACAUAAUUUCUCCAUCGGAUGAGAAUCUGGGAUUUUUGAUGAAAAAACACAGAGAGGUUUCCCAUUUUUUUUGUUUGCCGGCAGAUAUGUUUAGUGUGUCUUUGGAGGCUGUCAAAGUAACGCCAUGACAGCCAGAGAUGAUGAGAAAACUCUCUCUCCUUCCCUUCCUACAAAAACUAUAGCUUUUGUGUCUGUUUUUUUUUCUUUUUCAUUCUUUGUAAAACAAAACAAAACGAUGUUUAUUAUUUCAGUUAAAACAUAAAAAGACACUUUACA